CAUGGAGGAGGUGGCGGUGAAACACCUUCACGAUGUUGCCUCGCACAAGCUGUUUGACGUGGACCUGCUCGCCCCAAAGAUGGCAAGCGCCAGGCUGGCCAAGGCAUUGCGCGAUGCGCUGCCUAUUGAUCCUUCAUUGUGCAUCGAGAGCUCCGCCUCUGUCCACAUCAACGGCAAGGCUGUUUACAUUGGAGACGUCGUUGCAUUUAAGAAUGAGCAAGGCGGCCUCGGUGUCGGUGAAGUGUACAUUCAUGCGCAGAUAGGUGGUCGUCUCGUGAGCGUGCUUUCAAAAUGGACGGUUUCCGAAUUGCACGCCUCGCACGCCACAUGCACCGUUCGCGCUGCUCCUCGUGUGUUCCCGUUGCAGAACAUUUUUGAGUCGUGCAUUUUCCGCGCUGCGGAAGGUUUCGCAUCCCAAGUUUUACUCCCAGGGAGGCUUCAACUAUACAUGAGGUCUUGACUUUCGGAUGUAGUUGGCCCGCAGGCCUCAGGCGGCAACCCAUUGCUGAAAAUAUUUAAUGAACGCUGGCAUCGUCAAUAACAACAUCGCAUAU